GCUCAUGUUGUAGCCGCGCAGUCUCCCCUCGGCUCAUUCAUUGACGGAUCGCGUCUUGCCACGACGUCUGCGCUGCUGCUGCUGCUGUUUGACUCGCUCCUCCUCCUACAUCAGACGCGCAAGACACCAACAGGGGGAACCACGCCACCGACUCGCAUAGCAAAGCGGCUUGCUUCUUAAUUUUUAUUUUUAAACUUACUGCAGCGCAGAUAUAAAUACAUCCCCUCCGCCUAGAAAUACACCUUCGCGCGACUCAGAAGUUGCGUCGUUAAUGUCAUUCGUGCCCAUCAUCGUAUAUUAUUCAUAGACGAUACAGCGCUUGCCUGCGAAAUUUGAGAGCUUGGAACCCACGCCGACUGCCUAUAGCCAGUUUACCUAAGCAGAGUUGACAGCGAUUGAAGACUCAACAUCCUACGCUACAAUAAAAAAAAAAGCCGACACGCAGAACACCGAAAAGACCUCGCAGAUCUGCUCGCCACGAAGACGAUGACGAUCGAAAAGGAGAGCGGAGAAGGGCUUAGCUACUCCAAGAUGCGAGGACUCUUUACCGUUAUGACAGCCUUUGUUAAGCAGCGGAGAAGUGGAAUAAACGAUCUCGUACAGAAGGUGGCGACCUCAAGUCCAAUGUGUGAUCCCACGGACGUGCAAGUGUUCCUGGAUUCUGGCGAACCGAGGACGAAAUGCAUCGAAAACUACAUCGAAAAGCCUGAUGAAAUUUCAACAAGAGAUAUCAACCUCGGUCCAUCACACAACCCACAGGCAAAACCCACAGACUUCGACUUCCUGAAAAUUAUUGGCAAGGGAAGCUUUGGGAAAGUGCUGUUAGCCAAGCUCAAGACUGAUGAGAAGUUUUACGCUGUCAAGGUGCUCCAGAAGAAAGCCAUUCUCAAAAAGAAAGAGCAAAAGCACAUCAUGGCGGAGAGGAAUGUACUCCUCAAGAAUGUGAAGCAUCCCUUUCUCGUGGGCCUGCACUACUCCUUCCAGACGGCCGACAAGCUCUACUUUGUGCUUGACUACAUCAACGGCGGAGAGCUCUUCUUCCACUUGCAGCGUGAGCACGUGUUCCUGGAGCCACGGGCCCGCUUCUACGCGGCCGAGAUCGCAAGCGCCAUUGGCUACCUACAUUCGCUCAACAUUGUCUACAGAGACCUAAAGCCCGAAAACAUUCUUCUCGACUUCGAGGGCCACAUCAUCCUCACAGAUUUUGGCCUCUGCAAGGAGGGAAUUCAGACCAACGACACCACCUCCACUUUCUGCGGCACUCCAGAGUACCUGGCACCCGAGGUCCUCAAGAAGCAGGCGUAUGAUCGCACCGUGGACUGGUGGUGCCUGGGAGCCGUGCUGUACGAGAUGCUCUACGGCCUGCCGCCGUUCUACAGUCGCAACACGGCCGAGAUGUACGACAACAUCCUGAAGAAGCCGCUGGCGCUCAAGCCGAACAUCUCCAACUCGGCGCGGGAUCUGCUGGAGGGUCUGCUCCACAAGGACCGCACCCAGAGGCUCGGCGCUAGCGGAGACUUCACGGAGAUCAAAGGUCACGUCUUCUUCUCCCCCAUCAACUGGGAAGAUCUCCUCUCAAAGAAGAUCGUGCCGCCGUUCAACCCCAAUGUGAACGGUCCGUCCGACCUGCGUCACUUUGACCCGGAGUUCAUCUCAGAGCCGGUGCCCGGCUCGUUGUGCCGCUCCCCGGGAGAGUUCGCGGUGAGCGCCAGCUUCCAGGAGGCGAGGGACGCCUUCGCCGGAUUCUCCUACGCCCCUCCCAACGGCUCCGCCUUCCUGUGACCUGGCCGCGGAUCCGCGCCGAGCGUUCCUUUCGGCCCGUCGCCGACUUGCAAGAGGAAAAUCUUGAUUCCCUUUCCCAUCGGUGGGCCCUCCUAACUGCCCGGUUAGCGGGAGGUGGGCGGGGGGGGGGGAGGGUGAAGGCUCGAGGGAGUUGCGGUUCGGUUUGCCGAGGUCGGCGGUUCGAUGACUUUUUGCCCGACGCCGACGUGAAAACCUUCUGCGGUCGUGGGGGUUGUUGGUGACUCGACCCCGCCCCCCCCCCCCCGGCACCAUGUGACCUCCGUCCACGUCGUUCGAGCCGACGGGGAUGCGGUGUUUUUACGGAUCGGCACCGGAAUGGGAAGAGGAGGAAAAAAAUGUACUUUCCUUUUAAUGAAUAUCUAAGCAGAUUAAUCAAAGUAACGUGUCGGAAGCUGGAGCAUAAUUCGUUAGAUGGACCAAAGCGACAUUAGCAGUCAGAUCCCAGUUCAAGCGAGCUGGACCUGAACGUGGGAGCGUUUGGAUUGUCGAUUUUUGUUGUGAUUUUAUUUCCCGUUCUAAUGUUCUUGCACUUAAGACCAGCCAAGAAGGCAGUAGGAAUAAGUGGAACGUUUGUUGUUUGCGAGAGAGAAGAGAGAGAGAGGAGAGACGGGAGCGAGCCUGGGCUCGUUGUCUUACAGCGGGCCGGCAGUGGUCGUUGCACCUUCACUUGCCCUUGAGGCUCGCUCUCGGUGGCAGAUCGACGCGCGAGAGAGACAAAAGCCGAUUGUGAAGACGUCCGGCAUGCAGACUUGAAGACUUUCAUCAGCGUUAAUUGCUGCUCUGAAUACUUUCGGCAAUUCCAGCAACAACAAAAAAAAGCAACUUUUCCGACGAGCUGGUAAUUGUCCGCACUGUUGUUGUUUGUUGUUAUUGUUUUUAGUUGUUUUGUUUUUCGAAAGCCGUAUUUAUUAAUUGUUGUUAAUUAGCGUAAGAGUGGGCUCAAACUGGAGGGGAGGGGGGAAGAACGCUGUUGUUAGGCUCAUUCCGCUGCUCGUUCCGAAUUGAUCGGUGACAACGCAGCUCACCCUUGGCUUGAACCUCAGCGCGCGAGGCCGCGUCUUUUGGGGCGUGAGAUUUUAGGGUUUUUGGUUUUAAACGUAGCGGAACUGGCAACUUGUUUUCAGUCACUCUCGAGUGUGACCGUGCGCGAUUCACACGGUGCAAAACCUAAACACUUCACUUCAAUAGCCACUAAGGGACCGGCUCAUUUUUCCAAAGUUCCGGAGAGAGAUGAGCGGCCCCGCUGCCGACGAAACUAGGGCGACACCCACAGCCGACAGCGGUGAUCUGCUCUUAACUAGAUGGCAAGCUCCCGUCGCACGCACGCACGCACGCACGUAAGCACUCACGUACGUACGGACGUACGCACUCACGUACGCACUCACGCACGUACGUACGCACGCACGCACUCACUCACGCACGUACGUACGCACUCACGUACGCACGCACGUACGCACAUAACUUGCCCGGUGAUGGGGGCAGCUGCAAAGCCUCUGUUAUUAAUACUGUACACACACACACACAGUUGGAUUUGUACGUUAACGUAUGUGCGUUGAACUUUUUUCGCACCAUACAUAGUCAACUGUGCUAAUAUCAGAGGUGCGAGGGAAGGACAAGACACGAAACACAAAAGGCAACGUGAACACCGCACCUCCGAUAAGCACGGUUGGCUACGUGUGGUGCGAAAGAAGUUCAACAUCAUGCGUACAUUUCGGGAAACAUCCGAAAGUAACGUCGGAUCAACCCAGCUGCUUGCUAAUUCAACGCGGCUAUUUAAAAAAUCCGCCGCAGAGCAGAAAAUGAAGACCUCCUCAAUCCUUCGAUCGCCUCGGGCAACCGGUACCGAAUCGCACAUCAUCAUCAAUGCGGCCGCUACCGGCAACUCAAUCUGGAACUUGGCAAGAGCCCGUUGAUGCCACCCAAUUCUCCGUAUGACGAGACGCGCUUUAGUCCCCGCCGUGCAGGAGAGUAUUCUAAAGCAAAAGUCGAGGGGUGCGUCUUCUAAUCCGGUACAGGAGUUGCGUGUGCGUGCGUGACCAGAUUUGUAUAACUUUAAUUGGCACCGGGCACAAAUUUUUGGGGUGCGUCUUAUUUUCCAGAGAGUCGUAUAAUGCGGAGAUACAGAGUUCUGUUUUGCAAGGGAGACCUGGAGGCUUCAAGUUGCACCGGGCUCUGUCGCCGAAACGUCCCGUUGAUGCCGUCAACAUCGCAGCCGCGUGCGAAUUGGCACAGGCCGUUGUAGCUGUGCAAUAGACGAAAGGCUUACGUUUCUAUCGAUGACAGUUGUGUACGUGCGCAAGCAAUGCAUGUAUGGGAAAUCAAAGAGAAAAUGAAUGGCAGGUAUAAUGUGGGUUCUUUUUUUACAAUUUGAAGUAACAAAAAUCUUUUUGGGUUAUUACCGGAUAGCGCACGGGUCUUCCGCAAGAGGCAGCUGUUCGUUUGAAUGUGAAACUUGGAACAAUUGUAUCGAUGUCAACAAUCUACACGUAAUAAUGUCUACAAGAAUCAAUCAACGUCUUUUGCAUUUCGUAAUAAGCGUCAUUGUUCUUCUGUUUAAAAAGUGCAUUGACAAACUGGUUAAAAUGUUUUUAAUAACGCACAUUCAAGAAAACCACACAUACAAGAAAACCACGCAUGCAAGAAAACAGAAACUCCUAAGCAGACUAACUAACUACAGAUGGGCAAAAGACAAACAAAUAACGAAACAUAACUAGCGAUCAAGAUCAAUCUUCGUAGCGACAGGACGACUCGGAUGGAGUGGUGUGUAUACUGUAAGAGCAGACAGCUGAAUGAAAUACGUUUAAGAUCAUAUGCAGUCCAGGACGUGUACUUCACAAACUUGCGAUGAGAAAUGAGGACCAGCCAAAUGCCAGUCACGCGAACACAAUCCACAGAAUUAUGUUGAAAGGUAUAACAAACCUGCACUUCGUAUUUAAUCAAUACUCUGAUAUUAGACCUACGACAUUUAAGUGGGUCUGCAUAUUGUUGGCAUCGUUUUUUUAAGAACUUUUGACUGGUCCCCAUUUCCACUUGUUAGCAUGCAUACGUGCGUGUGUGUGUGUCCGUAUAUAUAUUAAAGCGGUUUACAGAAUGUUACUUCCCACUGUUAAUGUUAUAGUCAGUGCCAAAGGUGAUGGGUUUAGUUAGUUAGUUUUUUCAUUUAAAUCCUAAUUUAUGAUUGCUUGACACAACUACGCUGGAAGGAAAUGACCGCGAGCGUUGCGGGCGGCAAAGUAGUUGAUCCUGCAAAUCAUCUCUCCGCGGCGGGCGCGAAUGUGUUCAUCAGGUCUCACGGAAGAGUCUGCGUUUGCCUUGGCACUGGAACGUCGCCCCAUGCGGAAGGCAACGAUUCCACGAGGACUGAGCGCAACUGCGCGUAGCCCCACGCCUUCAGCGUUCGUCGCGGUGUCAAAAUUUCGUGGACCGAAAGAGUUGGGAGCUGUUGAUUGAGCUGUUCGUUUUGACCAAAUGGGAAUGGAGACAGCUGCGGAUGUAAUUUGCCUGGCUCGCCGUACGGUGCUGAUAACUUAUUAUUACUAUUAUUGUAGCACUCGGCUCGAUAGUUUUUUCUAAAAUUGCAAUUAUAAUAUGUGGUUGUUAUUGCACACGUAUUACCUUUUAGCGUCUGACAUUGAAAAGAAUGCGCGCGCGCGGUGUUGCAGUACAAGUGUUAAACUUCCAAUACCUAAGCUAUUAAAAUCACUUGGUUAAACGAAACUUUUAAUUCACUAUUGCGAUACCUUCAACAUCCCAAGCAUGUCACUGUCAACUUCAUUUGAGCGUCCGUGUUGUUCCACGCGUUGAGGUUUUCGCGUGUGCAUUGCAGAAUUUAUCCCGAGUUCGCGAUGUUUCAUCUCCAGGUGAUGACAGCAUCCCCGCGUGCAGGCGAACACGGCAGAGGCACAAUGUCAAAGCUCUCAUUGAUUGUCAUGACCGACCGUUGCUGACGGCUGAAUUUAUUCCCGUUCAACGAGUGUCAGUGUUGAGUGUUGAGUGAAUUUACAGUUCAGACACCUGCAUUUUUUUUUUGGGCUAGGAGUAAAACUGUCAAAUUCAAAGUUUGGUUGAAUCCCUGGGGAAAUGUUUUUUCCCUCACUUUAUAAGUGCCCGUUCCAUCCUAUUAUAACUUACAAAUGAUAAGCACCACGAUAGUCGACUGAAAUUCAGUGUCUUAAUAGAUAUUCACGAACUUGGGAACAAACGUGUAAUUUUUGGUCAGAGAAAUUAAAUACAAAAAUUAUGAUGAUGCUUUAUCAUUGCCUCACAUACCCCAGUUCCCAGAGCCACCGAUCCUGACCAGAUUUGUACAAUUGCCAUCUGUUCCACUCAGUAUAUAUGGCAAAUUCUAGAUUUGAAGCUUUCGUGACUGCAAGGAUUCAUACUGUUAGGUUUUUUCGGUAAAGUCACGUAGGUAAAAAAAAAAUUAAAAGUUAAUAAUUUUAGAUGUGACGGUCCCACCUGAUGACGGAGACUUGUGUUGCCUCCGAAACGUCGUGAUUUAUUAUUUUAUUGUAUUUCCAUUAUUACUUUUAUUAACUUAAAGAAAAAAACCUACGUGACUUUACCGAAAAAACCUAACAGUUUAUAUGGCAAACACGGAUCACGGCUCAUUAAUAAGUUGAUUGAAAAUAUGGAACCAGUGGACUUGAGUUAGAGAACCAUUGCCUUGUAUAAUCAUUGUGAACAUAUUCCUUGCAUUAGGUACAGUGUAUUACAAGCAAUACUCGAUGAUGUAUACAAAUUGUAUAUAAAAACAUAAAAUUAUAUUAUACAUUACACAUUGAAUGUGCAUCUCAGUGUAUAUCUUUAGAAUGCUCAAAUGUGUUAACAAGUCUUGUUAACGAAUUUUUAAAUGCAUAAUGCAACGUUUCCAGUUCUGUAAAAAAAAAUAACGGUGUAUCAAUGUAGAAAUAAAGCUCACAUUGAGCUCACGA